AUGGCAACUCCAAUGAACAUCUGGGGGAGGCCACUUCCCAGCAACCAUCCAUUGGUCUUCACCAGUAGUUCUGCAGCGGGGUUCUGCACUCCUGGGCUUCAGCACACAUCAGUGUGGUUCAUGUGUUUCCCGUUGUUAUCAAAGAGAUUGGAGAGGUCAGAAACUGGAAGUGAGUCCACACUUCUAUUGUAGCCCAUCCAGACUGCUGUGGAUUGGCAGUGCACUGGGACAUACAGAGCUGCUGUGGGCACGUCAGGACUAAGCUUGGAAUUGCCUGUCCCACAGCAAGAGGCUAUGGAGCUGGGCCACCGAGCAGGUACAACCACUUUGACCAGGGCCCAUCCGAAUGACAAGGAGGGCCAGCAGGACUUGGACCCCUGGAAAGCGGCCUACAGUUCCUUGGACACCUCCAAGUUCAAGAACCAGGGUCUGUCAUCCCCACAGCCCCUGCCCCAGGGAGCCAGCGCUCAAGGCAGCUCCCUAGGGCAAUGCCACUUGAAGGAGAUUCCCCCUCCACCCCCGACUGCUGCCGGCAGGGGUUCUCUGGGGAUGGACCCACAGUCCAGGUCCCUGAAGAACGGGGGCUCUCGAUCCUCCUUGAUGGAUCAGGGGACGGAUGACGGUCCCAGCUCGGGGGCCCAGGACCAGAGGAGCACGCCCACGAACCAGAAGGGCAGCAUCAUUCCUAACAACAUUCGCCACAAGUUUGGGAGCAACGUGGUGGACCAGCUGGUCUCCGAGGAGCAGGCUCAAAGGGCUAUUGAUGAAAUCUUCGAGGGCCAGAAGAGGGCAAGCUCAUGGCCCAGCAGGACCCAGAAUCGUGUGGAAAUGUCCUCCGUCUUCUCAGACUACUAUGAUCUUGGCUACAACAUGCGGUCAAACUUGUUUCGAGGGGCUGCUGAGGAGACAAAAAGCCUCAUGAAGGCUUCCUACACACCAGAGGUCAUUGAGAAAUCAGUGAGGGACUUAGAACACUGGCAUGGCAGGAAGACGGAUGAUCUGGGACGGUGGCACCAGAAAAAUGCUAUGAACCUGAACUUGCAGAAAGCACUGGAAGAGAAAUAUGCAGAAAACAGUAAAUCUAAGAGCUCAAAGUACUAGAUUUGACGCAGUAGAGGUGUCUUCUACUCAAAUAAAGUGCUAACAAUAAGGAAAGGCUC